AUGCGCAUAUUGCAUACGUUCAGCGUGAGACUCUCUCUCUGUACGUGUGUGCUGAGGAGAGAACAGGGAGCGUUAUCUUCCUACAUCCAUUUGUUGCCUUGUGUGGAGAUGGCGGGAAAGCCACACACACCCCGAAACUCUAUUCUACCCGGCGGCAUUUCUCGUUAUGGCCGCUCUGCCAUGUACAGUAGGAAAGCCUUGUUCAAGAAGAAGAGGAUUCCCGUGGUUGCUUCGAAAGAGAAGAAAUCUUAUUUCAAAGUGAAAGAGGUCAAGGGAGAAAAGAAUGGUGGCAGAAGAGUCGUUCCUUUGAAGAAAUCGCCAAGGUUUUACCCCACGGAGGACAUCAGCCGUAGACUGAGGUCUUUAAAGAAGGGGAGGCCUGUGAGACUGCGUGCCAGCAUUACUCCUGGGACCGUGCUAAUCUUGCUUGCGGGCCGGCACAUGGGGAGGAGAGUGGUCUUUCUUCGCCAGUUGGACUCUGGUAUGCUGCUAGUUACAGGGCCGUUUUGUGUGAACGGUGUUCCAUUGAGGCGUGUCAACCAGGCAUAUGUCAUUGCUACCAAGACGAAGGUGGACAUCGGCACACUCACUAUUCCUGCCAAACUAGACGACAACUACUUCCGUCGCAGUAGUACCAAGACAAAGGCGGGCAGCAGUGGCAUCUUUGCUGAGAGUAAACAAGGCUAUUCCGUUAGUGAUAUACGAAAAGAGGACCAGAGAGCCCUGGACCAGCAACUACUGCCACUAGUGAAGGCCGAGCCAAGCCUCAAACAGUACCUAGCACAUCGAUUUUCUCUCUCUCAUGGGCAGUACCCGCAUCAGUUGAUGUUUUGAUCUGUGUACUGUAAUGAUGAUUUGUCAUUGAAUAAGUCCCGCGCUGCAAGAUGGCAAACGACGAUGGGUUUCAAAUAGUGUCGAGGGGGGUCAGACCCAGGCAGCACGUACGAUCUGGUAGGAAAGUUUGCUGUGACAGUGGGUCGGUAGAGAUUGUUUCCUCCGUCUUACGGACGAGGUAAACGGCACUCUUCGGUAAGGAUUUAGUACCUGUUGCCAUUACACAGAGAGGAUCUGAACAUGAUGCAGUAUGCUGCCCAGAUAGAAGGCUUGUUGGAAGGCGUGGAGUGCGAGGAUCUGAUCUGCUACGGAAUUGGGCUCUUCGGGACGUGUCGCAUUGCUCGCCUCCAACUGGCACUGCUGCUACACAUAGCUUCAGUCAAGCAAGUCAGCAAAGUCCUGGUGUACGACCCAGUGCUCUGCCCACAAGAGAAAGCUGCACUGAGAGAGCUCCACUGUGUCUGCAUCCCGGAGAAUGAGCUGUGUAGGAGGCAAGUGCAGACCAAGACAGUGUUCUACAUGCCUCACUGUGGAAGAGCCAUGUACAACAACCUCAUAUGGGCCAAUUGGUCUCCUGAAAAACUGUCUCAGUUGGCUCUGAUAGGGAACAGUUUCCAGAGCUAUUUGGAUAGAACUCUACAAAAGAAAACAAAAGAUACUUAUUUCUAUAUUUUUAGGGCCGUGGAGUACUGUCAAGAAAAAGCCUUGCCAUCCUAUACAGAGCCAACUAUCUUCAAUGACCUGAGUGUGCACACAUUUCCAUUGGACAGACUUCACUCUGCUCCUCCUUCUCUCUGGACCCCCAGCCCUCCCCCUCCCUCCGACCCCUCAGACCCCGAGAUUAUUACCAAAUAAACCGCCAUUCUUCAAAAUGUGUGAACAGCAAUAAUUAGUGGUGUAUUCUGGUUAUCUGAGUGAAGCUGCGCCACAGUACAUGUACAAUCCACACAAGCACGUGGCAUGUGAUGUGUCCAAUCACCUCUUGAAUGUGUGCUCCAUUGCAAGUACACAGCACAUGUGGUAAUGUGCUUUCCUACUCCACACAAUGCACCCGUUACACAUAAUUUAUUAUUGUUGUACUGUGCUCUCCUAUUUCCAUGUGAUGCAUCCGUUCCACAUGUGGUAAUGUGCUCUCCUAUUUCCAUCCGUUCCACAUGUGGUAAUGUGCUCUCCUAUUUCCAUGCGAUGCAUCCGUUCCACAUGUGGUAAUGUGCUCUCCUAUUUGCAUCCGUUCCACAUGUGGUAAUGUGCUCUCCUAUUUCCAUGCGAUGCAUCCGUUCCACAUGUGGUAAUGUGCUCUCCUAUUUCCAUCCGUUCCACAUGUGGUAAUGUGCUCUCCUAUUUCCAUGCGAUGCAUCCGUUCCACAUGUGGUAAUGUGCUCUCCUAUUUCCAUGCGAUGCAUCCGUUCCACAUGUGGUAAUGUGCUCUCCUAUUUCCAUGCGAUGCAUCCGUUCCACAUGUGAUAAUGUGCUCUCCUACUUCCAUGUGACGUUCCGUUCCAAUCCACUCCCAUGUGUGACAAGCGGUGUGUGCUCCUGGGCUCUCCAGGGCAGCUCUGGAAUAGUGUCAAAUGUUUUAAAGCAAAAGGGUAAAUAAGG